CAAAGUAUCAUCUCACUCUACACUCAUAAGCCUCAACUCUCAACUCUCCCUCUACAAUCUACACACAGGGUGCAUUAGCCACAAGCCAUGGCCUCCACAACAGCAGCAGCUGCUACAUCUUCUUUUAUGGGAACCCGCCUCCCCGACGUGUCCUCUAACUCGGGUCGGGUCCUUGCUCGGUUUGGUUUCGGUCCCAAGAAGUCCCGUCCCAAGAAGAUCUCGAAACCUACCAUUGACCGUCCACUGUGGUACCCUGGAGCCAAGGCUCCGGAAUGGCUAGACGGGAGUUUGGUGGGUGACUAUGGAUUUGACCCCUUCGGGCUUGGGAAGCCCGCGGAGUACUUACAGUUUGAAUUGGAUUCAUUGGACCAGAACUUGGCGAAAAACCAGGCUGGUGACAUUAUUGGGACCCGUUUCGAGAGCGCUGAAGUGAAGUCGACGCCGUUCCAGCCGUACACUGAAGUGUUUGGGCUGCAGAGGUUCCGUGAGUGCGAGCUCAUUCAUGGACGAUGGGCCAUGUUGGCCACUCUUGGUGCCCUUACCGUCGAGUGGCUCACAGGUGUCACUUGGCAAGAUGCCGGCAAGGUAGAACUAGUUGAAGGUUCGUCGUACCUUGGUCAACCACUGCCCUUCUCCAUAACAACAUUGAUAUGGAUUGAGGUUUUGGUGAUUGGCUACAUUGAGUUUCAGAGGAACGCGGAGCUUGAUCCCGAGAAGAGGCUUUACCCAGGAGGGAAGUUUUUUGAUCCCCUGGGUUUGGCCGCAGAUCCUGAAAAGAAAGCCACACUUCAAUUGGCAGAGAUCAAGCACGCCCGUCUUGCCAUGGUUGCAUUCCUUGGCUUUGCAGUUCAAGCUGCUGUUACUGGAAAAGGCCCUCUCAACAACUGGGCUACUCACUUGAGUGACCCUCUCCACACAACCAUUAUUGACGCCUUUACUUCUUAAAAAUUCCAUGUAGUAUUUGCCUGAGCAGUACAUGUUACUCGGAUGCGAGCAGUACAUGUUACUCGGAUGCGAUACCAUAUGUGCCUUCUGUCGUGUAAAAAUUACAACAUUUGACAGUUUGAGGGGAAUGUUAUUGCUGAAUAUUGUGAAAUUGUCUUUACUAUUUCAGAAUCUUAGCCA